ACAGUUAAGAGUAGUAAAGAGAACAGCCGAUUUGUGUUAUAUCCGUGUUAAGCAUUAGCUUAACGUAAACUAUCGAAUCGCAGGAAUUUUGUUUCGUGUUAAACUGGAUACUUCUUUGUUAUUGCUUUGUUUUGGGGCAACAAAAACGUGCGAUUUCACAAAAUGGACAGCGAAAUGUCGGACAUAGAUCUUGUACCAGGACCUGAAACCAGCAGUAUGGAAGGAGAGAAUGCACCACUUUACUGUGUCUGUCGGAAACCAGACAUCAACUGCUUCAUGAUCGGCUGUGACAACUGCAACGAGUGGUUCCAUGGACACUGCAUUAAUAUAACUGAGAAGAUGGCAAAGGCAAUCCAGGAGUGGUACUGCAUGAGAUGCAAAGAUGAAAACCCAUCUUUGGAAGUAAAAUAUAGAUCAAAGAAAAACCGUGAGAAGGACGUUGAUUCUGACAGAGCCGAAAGACAAUACAGCACCCCAAGCACUCCAGACUAUAAAAGUGAAAGACGUCGUGGAUCUAAAGUGAAACGGUCUGUCCGAAUGUGUGGGGAGUGUGAGCCCUGUAGGAGGACUGAAGACUGUGCCCAGUGUGACUUCUGCAAGGACAUGAAGAAGUUUGGAGGCCCAAACAAAAUCAGACAGAAGUGCAGGUUCAGGCAGUGUGAAGUUCGAGCCAGGAAAAUGCUGCGUGUGAAGGAUGAGGAAUUCUCUUUGCGUGAAAGGAGGGAGAAUUCCCACCACAGACGGAGGCGGUACUCUGAGGACUAUGACAGUGAGGCGGAUCUCUACCAGCAGUACAAAGCGGCCAGACUUGAUGACAUGGCAUGGGCUAGUGAUGAUGACGAAGAACCGGCUUUUAGUCCCGUUAUGCGUAAGAAAGCUAUAAAGGUGAAACAUGUCAAGAGACGAGAAAAGAAAUUUGACAAAAAAAAAGAGUCACGUCGCCACAAGCAAAAGCAGAAACAUAAAGACAGAAACAGACACAGCGAGAGGGGGGAUUUCCGGGACAGUGGAAGUCGUCAGUGUUUGGGGCCGAACUGUGUGGAAGCAGCAAGAACCAACUCCAAAUACUGCUCUGAAGACUGUGGCAUGAAGUUAGCAGCCAACCGGAUCUAUGAGAUCCUCCCACAGCGUAUCCAGCAGUGGCAGCAGAGUCCUUGCAUCGCCGAGGAGCACGGUAAGAAGCAGCUGGAGCGCAUCCGCAGGGAACAGCAGAAUGCCCGGCUGCGCCUUACCGACAUGGAGCGCCGCUUCCAUGAGCUGGAGGGCAUCAUUGCCAAGGCCAAGCAGCAGGCGGUGCAGCAAGACGAGGAGGUGAAUGAAGGUGACAGCGAGGACACGGACCUGCAGAUUUUCUGUGUCUCCUGCAGCCAUCCUGUCAAUCCCAAAGUGGCACUGAGACAUAUGGAGAGAUGUUAUGCAAAGUAUGAGAGUCAGACCUCCUUUGGUUCCAUGUACCCUACAAGAAUAGAGGGUGCAACCAGACUCUUCUGUGAUGUUUACAACCCCCAAAGCAAGACAUAUUGCAAAAGGCUUCAGGUUUUGUGUCCAGAACAUUCUAGAGAUCCCAAGGUUCCGGUAGACGAGGUGUGCGGAUGCCCGCUUGUGAAGAAUGUGUUUGAGCUGACAGGAGAGUAUUGCAGAGUCUCCAAAAGAAAGUGCAACAAACAUUACAACUGGGAAAAGCUGAGGAGAGCUGAGGUGGACCUGGAGCGAGUCAGGGUGUGGUACAAGCUGGAUGAGCUCUUUGAACAGGAGCGAAACGUCAGGACUGCUAUGACCAACAGAGCUGGUCUCCUCGCUCUGAUGUUGCACCAAACUAUUCAGCACGACCCCUUGACAACUGAUCUCCGUAGCAACAAGGAUAGGUAGUCAACAUCGUCUGCUUCUGUUUUUGGAUCUUCAGAUCUCUGUGCAUAACAUCAUAUUUUAAUAAGGAUGUAAACUUCUAUGUUGUUAAAAGACUUUUUUUGAAAACAGAUUUUUUUUCUAAGUAGAUCAUUUUAAUGUAUGUUAAUAUAUAUUUUUCUGGUAGUGGCACAGAAGCCACUGCUGUUUGGAUAAACUGCUGUUUUUCUGUGAACACCCUGAAUAACCAUGUUUAGGUGUGUGUGUGUGCGCGCUUGCAAAAGUGAUAUGAAUUAAAAUCACACUUUAUUGAAAAUGGUGUUUAAAAAAGUAAAAAGGAGUGCUUCUUUUUGGUUGAUGAAUGGGGGGGGAAAUAGCCUUCAAGGUGCUCGCUGGUACAGGGGUAAUGAUGUGGCAAAGAAAGGUGACCAAGGCACACUGGAGGUUGAAAAUGAAAAAGCCUUUAUUAAAAGUGGCUAUUACAUGGAAAAAAUUAAAAAUGCACCGAAGCUUUGCGGCACACUGCCUUCAUCAGGGUGACAAAUUAGUCAUGAGGACACAGGUGAAACCCAUAUAGGUAAUACCAGGAAGUGACCCAAAUGAGAGGGAAAAGGAAAAACACAAAAAACCAACAAAACCAUAAUUAACAUCAAAGUAUACAAUACAGCAUUAUAUCUGACAACACCUCUGUGUACGGUGUGGAGAUUCCUGCCAAGCAAACACAGGACAAUUAUAAAAAAUAAUUGUUUUGCUAGUUGAGGCCAGGAUGUAUCAUGGCCUUCAGUUGGAUAACGUUUCACGUUGUAGAAGGCGCUUGAGAUGGUCUCCACCCCUCCAAGAAGUAGAGACCACUCCAAUGCCCAAUGACCUGAAGUGUUUGGGGCUGUCAUGCCCAGCCUGUCUGUAAUGUUUAGUCACGGGAUACUUGUCGUUUGAAGUCCUGAUGGCCUAAAGAUGUUCAGAAACCCUGUCCCUCAGGCUGCGUUCAGUACGCCCCAAAUAAAAACAACCACACUCACACUCCAACCUGUAAAUGUCAUGUAGUAUUACAGUUAAUAAAUGGAUGGAUGUGGUAUGUUCUAGGUCCA